GCCCGGCCCAGAGAGACGAAACGACGUAGUUUGAUGUGUAAACACACAAAAACCUCACCCUCUCUACGUUCCCCGUAAUAGCAAGCCGCAACCGCCAAACGAAGCAGGCCGCCGCACCGUCGACCCUGCCCUCCAGAGCGCCAAUUCCGCCAACCUCAGCUCCUUCUUCUCCUGCCUCGCCGCGCCGGAGGGCCCUAAUCCAGAUCCUCCAGUCAUCGUUCGUCAGUCACGCAGUUGGCUACAGGCUGCAGCGAGUAAUUCUACUUUCUUUCUUUUUCUUCAGUUAGAAUUUGACGAUUCUGGCAUUCUGCUGUGUGCCCUUAGUCCUUAUCAUUUAGUUGUUGUAUCUCAUGAUCCAAUUCCUUUUAAUGGGUUGCGUUAAUUGGAAACGAGUAGAACCAGUGUGACUGGACAGAACAUUUUGGGGCAGAACAAGUUAGCAACCGAAACCUCACUUUAUCUCUGUCUGUAUAUAAUCAUAUGUUCCUGUAAUUUUCCUUCAGCCUUUCUUCAACCUGGGCUAGUACAAAGAAAAGAAAUGUUCUUUGUGUACAAGUUCACUAAGAAGUGCUCUUUCUGUGGAUUCAUUGGCGCCUAUUAUCGUAUCUGCUUUUUCAUAGAACCCCUACCAUCUAAUAGUUCAAAGGGUGGGUCUCUGUUUGUAAUUUAGAUAUUGGUUUUGUGUUCUCUGAUUUAUUAUGGGUGGUAUUCUUCUACCAGUGCAAUUAUUCCAGGAUUCUUAUUUGUUUUCACUUGUCCUCAUUGAAUUGGAAAAACAGAAGUACAAAUGCUUUGGGGUAUUGGUAGAUCAGCAAGCAGGUAUUAGUGCUGUUAUAAAUGUAAUUGCACGGUAAUGGUGUGGGGAGGGAUUCUGGGUUUUGGAGACAGGUAUAAGCUGCACGGUAUCCAGCCUAUUGCCAUCCCUACUGCCAUAGACGACCUGUCAAAUAUUCUUUUCUCUGGUCUAGUCUAAUUGUUUUCAGCUGUUUUCUCUAUUAGUAAAUGUCAUCUUAUGUUGGAAAUAUAAUGCUAUGUAGAUAGUAAAACGAAGGUGAAAAAUGAUGAACAAGAAGGAGAUUCUGAAGCUAGCCAAAGGGUUUAGGGGCAGAGCAAAGAACUGCAUCAGGAUAGCAAGAGAGAGGGUGGAAAAGGCUUUACAGUAUUCCUACAGGGAUCGUCGAACCAAGAAACGUGACAUGCGCUCCCUAUGGAUCCAACGGAUCAGCGCUGGCACCAGGCAACAUAAUGUCCAUUAUGGUCACUUCAUGCACGGGCUCAAGAAGGAGAACAUCCAGCUGAACCGGAAAGUGUUGUCGGAGAUAUCAAUGCACGAGCCUUACAGCUUCAAAGCGCUGGUAGACAUUUCUCGCGAGGCUUUUCCAGGCAACAGGCACAUCUAUCAUCGUCCAAGGAAGGUCGAUAUGUCGAUCACUGCAUAGCGAGCUCGACUUUGGUAAUGCAUCCUUUGUUGCUUUGCAAUUGCCUUGUCGUUUUGUAGGCCAUCAUAACAAGCCUCCAAAUCUACUAGCUCCGCAUAUAUACAUGUAUUUUAGCUUCAGAAAUUAUGGGACUUUUGAACUGUUUCCCUAAGUUAUUAUGGUGUGGUUUCGGGGAGAUUUAAAUAAGCUCUGAACUUGGUGGUUUCUUGUGUUGGUUUCCUGAGCUUGGAUGCCUCCGUUGGCGUCUCAGUCUAUGCCAUUUGUCUAUACUUUCUACGGCUCGGGGUUCUACAUUCUAGCCUUCAGAACAGCAGGUGUGAUUUGGUGAGGCUAAAGUCUAGCCUGGUUGAAUUAUAAUUGACGAAAGAGUCACUACUAACUACGUUAUUUUUCACUUGUUACUCUUGGGGGUAGAUGGAUUUGAUAGACCAACUCCUUAAUCGGAUUGAUGUUUAACAAUUGUUUAUUGACUUCAAGAGCUUAAUCAGCUAUCUCCCUGAACUAUACGUCAUUUGUUUGUAAAUAAACAAAAAGGAAUGGGUAAAUUAACAUGAAUGAAAUAAAAUAUUUAGUUAUCAAAGUGACUUUUUUUAGUAAUCUCAGUGAUCAACCUUGCACUGAAAGAAAUAGAUUGCGGAUGGAUUUAGGCCCCUUCAGUUUUUUCUUGUGAUUGUACUUACCCCAACCUACUAAAUUCGGUAAUGGCGGAAGCGUUUCUCUCAACAAGUGCGGAAGUGUCUUCCUACAAAAUGUGGAGUGAGGACGGAGGGGUAAUCUUAGUUGUGGCGUUCUCAUUCGUAACAAUUGUAGGAGUGAUAGUCGACGAGUUCUUUCUCAUGCAACGUAAAAUAACAUUUGUCACCCUGCACAAAGUUACCAAGUAUUGAAGAUAUAGUUUCGCUGCGAAUAAUUAUAAUUUAUCAUUAUAAUAAUUAUAGGUUACACUUUAUUUUUGUGCAGACAAUUCAUGUUAAAAACAAUGUCAACCAUCACUUGUGAUUUGAUGGGCAAGUAAGUGCACGAAUUAGCACAAAAAUCAUUCAACUUUACUUUGAUGUGAAGGAUUUAGUGUUGAGGAAUUCAGGGUAAGGGUUUAGGAUAUACAACUUGGGGUUUAGGAUUAGGUGUUCAAAUUGAAGGUUUACGGCUUAUGUUAAUACAUUGGCUAGUUGUGAUCUUAUGUUGUAUCAUCAUAUUAGAGAAAUGCUACUGAUCAUUAAAUUCCAAAAUUUGAUAUCUUAAUGCUAGUUUUAGAGUUAGGUGCAUUGUAUGCACUCAUUUUUCGUGAGUAUACCGACGAAGAAGUAGAUUAUUGUUUAUUCACAAUAAUUUCCCUCCAUAUUAUAUAUUUGUUUACCCUCUUGGUCAGAAGUUUGAGAACACUCUUUGUCAAUCCCCCGUUCAUGUCAACUUGGAGUACGUACGCAUGGGCUGUUCCUUCGUCGUUGUUGCAGUUGGUUAGGUAUGGAGUUCUUCUACUAGCUCCCUAUUUAAAUGUUAACUUAGGUUAUCAAUUUCUUGCGAGUUUGAACCAUUCCUCCUAUACACUAUAAACAAACCCUAAUUACAAACUUGUCAUUUGUACAUAUUCUAUUCGUUAAUAAAAGGAAAAAAAAACCCACCUUGUAAAUUUCUGUGGGAGCCAAGCCAGUUGUGUACAUUCCUAGCUAGCUAGCUAGCUAAGGCUCCCAUCUUAUUUUAGUUUGUUGUCCUAAUCCACCAACCAACAAAAGGAUAUGAACAUGAAUAUGUGCUCUACCCACUUUCUACAACAAUGCCUGAUUAGAAACAAUAUGAUUGAUUUGUUGAAAUACAUUCAAUAAAUUGGA